AUGCAAUUCGACGAUGCAAUCCAGCCUGUGGCGUCACACUUCUACACGUUGAGGAGCAGAGAAGUUGCAGGAGUGGGAAGCAUUCGUGCUCAAUCUUCGAGGAGACGUGCGGGAAAUGUCGAAGAUAUGGAGCCGCUCAAGGUUGAAGAUCGAGACAUUAAGAGAAAGCAGACUUUUACAGGAUUGAGGCUGCUAUGGUUGGCAUAUCAGUCUACCGGAGUCAUCUACGGCGAUAUCGGCACGAGCCCGCUCUAUGUCUACUCCUCGACUUUCACAGACGACCCUUCUUAUGAUGACUUACUUGGAGCCCUGUCUCUGAUCAUUUGGGCUCUCACCAUUAUGGUCAGCAUCAAAUAUUGCCUCAUUGUUCUCGCUGCGGACGAUGAAGGCGAGGGAGGGACAUUCGCUCUCUUCUCCCUGUUAUCGAGGUAUGCAAAUAUUGUCAGACGCGAUCCUCGAGAGGAGCAGUUGGUCAGAAUAGAGCGUCACAUCGCUAGCGAACUAGGAAGAUCGGCCCAGAAAACUCGAGGUCUCAUGGAACGAUCUCGGACGACACAAUGGCUGCUGAAAAUCCUGGGCGUCUUUGGCGUCGCUCUCGUCAUGUCUGACGGUGUCCUGAUGCCAGCGCAAUCGGUCCUCGGCGCCAUUCAAGGCAUAAAAGUUGUCCAUCCUACUAUAUCACAGAGCACCGUCAUCGGAUCGUCAUGCGCAAUCCUCGUUGUUCUCUUUCUAGUUCAACCAUUUGGCGUAACUAAGCUGGCAAACACGUUCGCCCCUAUUGUCAUUAUCUGGCUGCUUUUUAACGCCGUAUUCGGCGUGUACAACUUAGCUUGGCAUGACUCGUCGGUGCUGAAGGCGUUUUCGCCUUAUUUUGCUGGAGCCUAUCUAGUCCGGAACAAGACUGGCUGGGAAAGCCUUGGAGGGAUCCUUCUAGCAUUCACUGGUUGCGAAGCCCUUUUCGCCGACUUGGGGGCCUUUACCCAACGCGCCAUCCAACUCUCAUGGCUGACGUUCGCCUUCCCUUGCUUGUUACUUGGCUACAUUGGCCAAGCAGCAUACAUCUCUGACGACCCUUCUGCGUGGUCGAAUCCGUUCUACAAAACAGUUCCACCUGGCUGUUUCUGGCCUUCACUCAUUAUCGCAAUUUUGGCAGCUGUCGUUGCAAGUCAAGCAAUGAUCACGGCGGUCUUCCAAUUGCUCACGCAAAUUAUGAAGUUAAGCUACUUUCCGCAGGUCAAGGUAGUACAUACCUCGAAGAUCUUCUACGGGCAAGUCUACAUCCCUAUCGCGAAUUGGUUGUUGAUGAUUGCCACUUGUAUCGUCACUGGAGUGUAUACUAACACCGCCAACUUGGGCCAUGCUUAUGGUGUCUGCGUGAUUCUGGUAACAAUGUUGACAACCUGUAUGGUCGCCAUUGUGGCCUUGAUCGUCUGGCGUGUCCCGGCUUUUGUUGUGGUUCCCGUAUGGCUCAUCUUCGCUCUCUUUGACGGUACAUUCCUCUCUUCGGCGAUGACAAAAGUUCCCGAAGGCGCAUGGUUCACGCUCGCCUUGGCAGUGGCCCUCUCUUCGAUCUUCCUCCUCUGGCGAUUCGGCAAAGAACAACAAUGGCGCGCCGAAGCAUCAGAUCGGUUUCCACCAAGUCAUCUAAUCCGGGCCAUUGCCAGCCCUUUCACGGGCCACAACAGCAACAGUGACCAAAGCAAUAUUUAUACCCGGAAGCUGAAGCUUUCGCCAGCCUUCGGCGGCAAAGAAGUCACACGCAUCGACGGCAUGGGGAUUUUCUUCGAUAAAUCAGGCUUACCUUCCAGCACGCCAACAGUCUUUAUCCACUUUUUACAGAAAUUCCAUGCCGCGAACGAUGUCAUCGUGUUCUUUCACUUGCGACCUCUUCAAAUUCCUACCGUUCCGGCCGAAGAGAGAUUUGCCGUGUCGCGGUGCUAUAUCGGAGACGAAGAGGGAAACAGCAAGCGCGUCAUGCCUGACACGUACCGCAUCAUGAUCCGCCAUGGGUAUAACGACGAAGUAGUGACCAACGACUUGGGAGGCCUUCUGUACGAGCAGAUCCGAAAUUAUCUCAUCCGCGAAUGUGUGGGGACAGUUUUACCGCCCGAUGCUGAUCCGAUCUCGCCGAGUAUUAAUGGCGACGUAUUAAUAAAAGAAAAGGAUGCCGUCUCGCGCACAACCGAAGUUUCCAUCCCUUCUGCUCCUGUAUCGGGCCGCCUGGCCUCAGGAAAUCUCGAGCUCGCUCGCAAACUCGCCGAUCUGCAACGUGCAUACGAGAGCCAAGUGGUCUACGUGGUAGGCAAGGAACAAAUGCGCGUGAAGAAAGGAAAAUUGACGCCCGGGCAUGUCUUGAGGAGAGGAGCGUUGGAAUUGUUCUUGUUACUUCGGGAAAAUUCGCGCACGAAAGUCCAGGCUUUGAAUGUGCCAGUGGAGAAGCUUGUUGAAGUUGGAUUUGUUAAGGAGGUUUGA